AAAGCAGUGUUCCGAAAGCAGUCCGUACAAGAAAUCCUACGCGAGUAGAAUAGUAGUCACAGUCACAGUCGUCGUUGUCUUCUUCUUCGUCUGGGUUUCGUUGCAAUGAGCGCCAUUAACAUCACGAACGUGACGGUGCUCGACAAUCCGGCUCUGGACAAUCCGGCUCUGUUUCUGGCACCCUUCCAGUUCGAAAUUUCUUACGAUUGCAACACUGCUUUCAAAGACGAUUUGGAAUGGAAGCUCAUCUACGUGGGAUCUGCUGAGGAUGAGACUUAUGACCAACUACUGGAGAGUGUACUUGUUGGGCCCGUCAAUGUCGGAAACUAUCGUUUUAUACUACAGGCAGAUCCUCCUGACCCAUCCACGAUUCGUGAUGAAGACAUCAUUGGUGUGACAGUGCUUUUGUUGACCUGCUCUUAUAUUGGUCAGGAAUUUAUCCGAGUGGACUACUAUGUUAACAAUGAUUAUGAUGAUGAGCAGCUGCGAGAAGAACCUCCUCCAAAGGUCUUGAUUGAUAGGGUUCAAAGAAACAUUUUGUCUGAUAAGCCCAGGGUCACGAAGUUCCCCAUCAAUUUCCAGCUAGAGAAUACUGAGAGUGGAGAACAACCCUCUCCACUUGAUCAGCCUAAUGGGGCGGAUGGAAGCGGAGAACAGCUAGUUUUGCCUGUAGAUCCUUCAGAGGAGCAGAAACCUUAGGUAUUGAAUCACAGGCUUCCCAAUUCCUUUUUAACUUUUGAUAUCCUUUUUCUAGGAAAACAUUAUGCGUAGAUCCUUCAGAGGAGCAGAAACCUUAGGUAUUGAGUCACAGGCUUCCAAUUCCCUUUGUACUUUUGAUAUCCUCUUUCUAGGAAAACAUUAUGCAUAAUGUUUCACUUGGCGAUAUUGCCAAAAAAAUUAGAAGGAUACCAAUGCUUUGGCCCUACUGGGGAAGGGGUUUUGAAGUUAAUAACUUCUUCCUUGUAGCUACGGUAAACAUCGGUUCAGGAAGCUAUGCUGACUUUUGGUUGUUGGAAGUCUGGUUCAUUCAGGUGAUAUUUUGUGCUGACCGGGAUUAUCAAAUUUGUAGUAAUAGGAGACAGAUGUUCACUACUAGCCUGAAAUCUCACCGAACCUUGUGUAUAAUCAUAACUUUUUGGACCAAUAUCACUUCUGGAGCUUUUUCUU